UUUAUUAAAAGCACAUAUUAAUAAAAUUAUAUAAUAAUAAAAAUCCCGUUAUUAAAUAAAAAGCAUGAAAUCAAUAGCGAGUAAAGUAACACUUGGUUAAUCAACACAAUCGAGACCGCUUUCACGACAAACGGUUCUUUUUUAUCGUUAAACGAUCUCAUUUCUUCUUUCUAUUCUUUUCUUACAUUACCUUUCAUUUGUUUACGUUAGUAAAAAUUUAUUACACGUUGAGCGUUGUGCACGUGAAUGUGAUUGCUCGUAAAUUUGAACUUAUUUGUAACAAUAGUGCUAUAAUCAUUGAAAUUAAUAUAAAUAAGUACUCAUUCAUUGUGAUAUAACAUUCUAUGAGAAGUGACGAUGAUUAGUGGGUGGAGGAAUGAUUUUUAAAAUUUCAUUUAAACAAUUAAUUUCUAACUUUUGAUGUUUUACAAUAUCGAUUUUCUGUGAUGUUAAUAUUGAGGCAUUAUCGACGCAUUUCUAUUUAUUUGUGUAUUAUUGUUUUGAUUAUUUACGUUAGUAAGAUUAUUAAACACUAUAUUAAUGAACGUUCUGUUAGACGAGUGUUAUCUUUAGAUGACACAAUACAAAAUUUAAUAGUUCCGAAAGAAUUAACAAUAACAAAUAGAAAAACCAAAUUUGUAGACCAAGAGUUUACAAAUCUUUCGAGACUCGGGCAGUGGCUUCUAUCAUUCGAAAAAUCAUUACCAUUAAUAAUACAAAAUAAAACGGAACCAUAUAUAAUUCUAAUUUGGAAACACGGACCAUUUUUGGAAAGAAGACACAUUAGACGAUUUACUAAUAUUAAAUUUUCACCUUGGGAGAAUUGUUCGGUCGAUAAUUGUUUAUUGAGUUACAAUUCUGAAGAUUUAAAUAAAGCGGACGCAGUUGUAUUUCAUCUUCAUUUUACUAAAAGUGUACAAGACUUACCUAUUAGAAUUCGUUCGAAUCAAAGAUGGAUAUUUUUAACGGACGAAUCGCCGAUGCAUACAUUUUAUUACCGAAAUCAAAAAUUAUCAGAUUACAACGGCUUAUUUAAUUGGUCAAUGUCGUACCGCAUGGAUAGCGAUAUACCUGUACCUUAUGGUAGAACUGUUCCAAUAUCCUCCACGAGAAAUUCGUAUAACAAUUUAACGCAUUUAUAUAAUUAUUUCAUAAGGUCUAAAACAAAACUUGUUGCGAUAAUGGCCAGCAAUUGUUCUGGUAAAAACAAAAGGUGGAAAUACAUCCGUUCUUUGAAAUCAAUAUUGGGUAACGAUCUUGAUAUUUACGGACGAUGUAAGGGGGGUAAUAGAACAGCUUGUCCUGGUCACUUUGACACCGAUUGUUCCGCUUUAAAUGCUUAUAAAUUUUAUCUAGCUUUUGAAAAUUCUAAUUGUAAAGGAUAUUUGACCGAAAAAGUUUUUUGGAAUGGAUACAACAAAUUUGCAGUUCCGAUUAUUAUGGGUGCUCCGAAAAGCGAUUGUGAACAACUUUUACCAUCAGGAUCAUAUUUACACGUUAAUGAUUUUGCUAGUUCGUACGAGUUAGCACAUUAUCUUCAAAAUUUUCAUCACAAUAUUAAUAAUUAUCUUCAAUUUCACGUAUGGCGUGAAAACUUUGAAAUAUUGAAUGAACACGGUUAUUUCGGUAGCGUAUCUCGUCAUUAUUGUCGUAUUUGCGAGGCAUUGCAUUAUAAUUCUCGUGCUAACAAAAUUUAUAAGGAUCUCGAUGAUUUUUGGGGCAAAGAGAAAUUCUGUUCAUAUGAUUAACACACUAGAUAUACUAGACCAGUCAUUUUUACUGGUCGGGGGCCAUUUUAAUUCAAAAUUUCUAUUUCAUGUAACGUUUGAGUUCUGUAAAUAAUUAAGCGUUUUGUUAUUUA